CCUCCUCUACCGGCUUGAGGUUCUGCAGAGGGAUCACUUCGGCGUUGCCCCAGCCAGUGAAGGUAAUGGCUGCUGUGCCGUUCUCUCUGUCUAUCUCCUCAAUCUCAGCUUCAUACAACCUGCCAAAAAGUCACGUCUGUAAGCAGUAGCAGAUGAACUCCACCCCUUCUCUCUAUCUGAAGUGGAGGCAGCAUCACAGAUUGUCAGCGUCAGAUAAAGCUCAUAUAACUGUCCACUGCAGCCUGGACUGAUCAAAAGAUCGGACAGAGCCGGAUCUGCUGGCAACUCCAAGGAUAUUAACUCUGUGGUAAGUUUUCUAAAGGAGCAUUUUUAUUCAAACAGACAGAAGAGGACAGGAUUCUGAGCAGGACAGACGGAUUCUGUGACUAGGGACCGCCGUUGUUCCGGCAGAAUCAUCCCUGAUGGAUUGUCUGAACCUCACCAGCAGAAAUGACACUUCACACCCGUACACCAUGCAGAGCUCCGUGCUCCUAACAAUUAUGGUGGCUCUCCUCAUCCUGCUCAUCAUGUUCGGGAACAUUCUGGUGGUAAUGGCCGUGGCCACCAGCCGAGCCCUGAGGGCGCCUCAGAACCUGUUCUUAGUCUCCCUGGCAUGCGCUGACAUCCUGGUGGCCACUUUAGUGGUGCCUUUUUCUUUGGCGAAUGAACUGAUGGCUUCCUGGUACUUCGGUAAAGUGUGGUGUGAGAUCUACCUGGCUUUGGAUGUGCUCUUUUGCACCUCUUCUAUCGUGCACCUGUGUGCCAUAAGCUUGGACAGAUACUGGUCUGUCAGUCAAGCUGUCGAAUACACCCUGAGAAGAACACCGCGUAGGAUUAAAUGCACAAUCUUUGGAGUCUGGGUCUUGGCUGUUGCCAUUUCGUUCCCUGCGCUGAUCACGAUGGAGAAGGAAGGGGCUCAGAACGACAGUCCAAACUGCAAAAUUAACAAGGACAAAUCGUACAUUAUCUUCUCCUGCGUUGCCUCUUUCUUUGCCCCUUGCGCCAUCAUGAUCACGGUGUAUGUUAGAAUCUAUCAGAUCGCCAAGAAACAAGCCAGAGCCCCACCAGGCAAACUGCAAAGAGAAAACGACAACUCAGAAGGUAAAAAGUGCGAUUUGGACACCCUGGAGAGACCAAACCCAGUGGAAGGGGAAGACGGCGGAGAAGUCAACGAGGCAGACGUGGAGGAAGAAUGCUCCUCUUCUGAUGGGAAUGAAACCAUGCUGUGCUCCUUGAAGAAGAAGUCCGCCAGAGCCAGCAAAGCAACUCAAGAGAAAGAAGGAGGAACAUCUCCAAAACCCCGGGCGACGCACGCAAGCAGGUGGAAAGGAAGGCAGCACAGAGAAAAGCGGUUUACGUUUGUUCUGGCUGUGGUCAUGGGAGUGUUUGUUCUCUGUUGGUUCCCCUUUUUCUUCACCUACUCUCUCACCGCGGUGUGCGACGCCUGCUGUGUCCCACAGACGCUGUUCAAAAUGUUCUUCUGGUUUGGUUACUGCAACAGUUCGCUGAAUCCUGUCAUAUACACAGUUUUCAACAGCGACUUCAGGAGGUCUUUUAAAAAGAUCCUUUGUAAACGGGAAAGAAGAGGUUUAUAAUGUGUUUCUUUCAGCACAGUGUUUUCAGCCUCCUCUCUGUGUGUAUAUGACAUUAAAUUCAAGAUAACGCCUGAAUAUUUAAAAUAUAUAAGCAUUUGCUUCUAUGUUACAU